GAUUGCAGCCCUGGAGAUUCCCACUGAGGUGGGAUACAAAAAAAAUACUAAAUUUAAUCUACAGCUAGAAGCAGAGCUUCAGUUUUAUAGGUGUACGUUUGAAGCUGUGUGUGGACGGCCAUGUGUGUGGGAUAGAGCGGACAGCAGCGCGGGGACUGGAGGUAUGACAUUAAGUGGUUAUCAGAGGGAGUCACUAGCAUGCUUUUCAAUUUGAAAUUUAUGGAUGUUACAGGAUGAAACGUCUCAGGUCCUCAAGCAGCAGCGACAGUUCUGACAAUGAGAGUCCCUCAACCUCCUUUUGCUCGUCCAACAAGUAUGGAAGCAAACCUGGAACCCCCGCCUCCAGCCAGAAGAAACCGGCCGAAGUGUUCAGAAAAGACCUGAUCAGUGCCAUGAAGCUGCCAGACUCCCACCAUGUCUCCCCAGAGGACUACUACCUGCUGGCAGACACCUGGAAGCAGGAGUGGGAGAAGGGAGUCCAGGUGCCGGCAAGUCCAGACACCAUCCCGGAGCCGUCAGUCAGAAUUAUUGCGGAGAAGCCCAAAGAGGUCCUGUACACCCACCAGAGGAAGUACAUCCAGUGUGCUUGCCAGGACUCAGCUGAACCAGGUUAUGUCAACAUCAGAGAGCUGGCGGAGGCCAUGUGUCGCUACGAUCUGGACGACAUGGACCUCUACUGGCUGCACACGCUCAACCAAGAGCUCGACCGCAUGGGGGAGGAGCCCAUAGACGAGCUGACCAUGGAGCGCGCCAUGGAAGCCCUGGAGAGGCAGUGUCAUGACAACAUGAACCACGCCAUCGAGACAGUGGAGGGCCUGGGGAUUGAGUAUGACGAGGACGUCAUCUGCGACGUGUGCCGCUCCCCCGACAGCGAGGAAGGGAAUGACAUGGUGUUCUGUGACAAGUGCAACAUCUGUGUGCACCAGGCCUGCUAUGGCAUAGUCAAAGUGCCUGUUGGAAACUGGCUGUGUAGGACGUGUGUCCUCGGCAUCGACCCGCAGUGCCUUCUGUGUCCCCAGAAGGGCGGUGCCAUGAAAGCCACACGUGCAGGCACCAAGUGGGCACACGUAAGCUGUGCUCUGUGGAUACCAGAGGUGAGCAUUGCUUGUCCUGAGAGGAUGGAGCCCAUCACCAAAGUCUCCCACAUUCCACCCAGUCGCUGGUCUCUCAUCUGCAGUCUGUGUAAACUGAAGACAGGUGCAUGUAUCCAGUGCUCUGUAAAGAACUGCACCACUCCCUUCCACGUGACAUGUGCCUUUGAGCACAGUCUGGAGAUGAAGACCAUCUUGGACGAAGGGGACGAAGUCAAGUUCAAGUCUUACUGCCUCAAGCACAGCAAAUCUAAAUCUGGGGAGGCAAGCCUGAGCCCAGCUCGCUCUAAACCCCCCAGCGAGGCGGGGAAGGUGGGCCAGCGGGCACAGAGACUGCAGGAGCUGGAGGAGGAGUUCUACACACUAAUCCAGCUAGAGGAGCUGGCCCAGGCCCUUGGGCUCUCAGAGCGCUUAGUGGAUUUCAUCUAUCAGUACUGGAAGCUGAAGAGGAAAAGCAACUUUAACAAAGCUCUGCUGCCCCCUAAAGAGGAGGAGGAGAACCUGGUGCUGCAGCCUCAGGAGGACAGCAUCCACACACGCAUGCGGAUGUUCAUGCACCUGCGACAGGAUUUGGAGAGGGUGAGGAAUUUGUGUUACAUGGUGAGUCGCCGUGAGAAGCUGAAGCUGUUGCAGAGCAAAGCCCAGGAGCAGAUGUUCAAUUUACAUGUGCAGCUCAUGAACCAGGAGCUGUCAGCCGGACUUCCUGUUUCUUUCCCAGUGGAGAACAUGCUGUUUCGACCUCCUCCACGGAUAACUCUAAAGCUGAAAAUGCCCAAAGCCUCAAAUCUUGGAAAUGGAAAUGCCAGUUCCAAAUCUGGUAACGGGCCUCUGUGUCCGGACAAUAGCGGGAAUGUUACUGAACAUGCAUGUGAAGGGCUGGGUCAGGGGAAGCCUCAGCUGCACGGCCGUGGUCGGAGAGAGGAGCGUCCCAACGGCCGACUGGCUUCCUCGAGCCUCUCGAACAGCCUGAUGCUGCCUGUUAAGCCAACUGGCAAACCCUUUUCCCUGCAUGCUGCUCUCCACGGCCACUCAUCCAACAGUAAUGGCAAACUGGACCAAGACCGGGCAUGCGUGGCCAAAUCUAACGGUCUCCCAGUGGCUCAGAAGGACAGUUCUUGCCAGACGCCCAGUCACCAGGACUCUUCAAAUGAGGCUUUAGUCAAGAGCGGCUUUCGAAAAUCUGCCAUGGAGCACUUUGGCAGGUCAUUCAAAGAGGCGACCAUAAACUUGGUACGGACCACAGAGGACCUGCGGGCCUCUGACAAACUGUCCCGUAAGGGCUCAGCCAAGGAGAGACUAUGGGCUAAACCCAUGUCUGAGCACAAAGUGAAGAGCACGAGAUCGUACCAGGACAGUGACGGAUACUGUCCCGACCUGGAGCUCAGUGACUCAGAGCCGGAGGCCAAAGGGAAGCACCGGCGGCAGGUGGGGCUGCCGCAGCCAGAUGCUCUGAGGAAAGGGGUCAGUCGUGGGAAACAGUCACUGGGCUCCAGGCAUCCCAUGCAAAGGUGACAGCUGUUUUUUUUUUUGUUUGUUUUUUUAAUAAACUCACUGCCACUGUUCAUUCCUGACCCUCUGGCAGUCUUCCUAAGUGCCAGGCUGUCUCUCUGAACACACCUCUAUCAGGGACCAGACCAAGACACAGUGCUAAUGGUGCUGUAUACGUGAAGCAGAAGUCACAUGAAGGGUGCUGUCGUCCAGAUCACCAGAUCUUCACCCAGUAGGAUUAAUGAAGAAGCAAAGUGCUGUGUCAGUCUUCUGAGAUUAUCGUGCAUGCCUUUCAUUUGUGGCGAGCAUUUCAUUUUAUACUCUGCACAACUUGGUAUUAAACAUCCCUGUUCCCUGACACACAGGUUCCAAUUGCCUUUGACUAAAAAUGUUGUACAUAAGAUGUUCACAUUGGGAUGUACAUAAUGUGUAACUGACCCACACGUUCCACUUUACUGACACUUCGGUGUCAGUGUGGCCUAGAAAUUAAAACUUGCUGGAUGAAAAUUUUGUAGUGAACUCUAGAAUCUGCUGCACUUCCUGUUCCUUCUCACAGGUGAUAAACAGACUUGUGACCUUUACGUUUGUCAUUCUUCUGAAACACAGAUGCCUUUUGUAUGUAGGAAUGCAGUUUCAAACUUUAAGUACCUUCACGUUUGAAGGUUAUAAAACUAAACAUAACGGAAAGCAAUUAAGCUCCUCUUAGUCUCAAUGGGAGGAAACGUGUGUGAAGCAGUAUCACUACAUUCCCUGGUGCAUCGUUCAGGUGCAACCUGAGCUGGAUGCAUUAAAGCAAAGAGUGAGUACAGAUCUGGGAUCGAUAACUGGCCUCAAGUCAUUACAUGACCAGCCUUAAAUAUCACAGCUGAUUUUUUUUUUUUUUUUAAUUAAACAGCUUUGCCAAAUAUGAACAAAUUUUACAAACUUUUUUUUUUUUUUUUAAAUACAAACAGCUGUACAAUAACCUUUCUGAAAUAACAUACAUCAUAAAAUUAAGAAGACAAGGAUUUAAAGAGGAUAUGUGAUCAAAGAAUAAAUACCAAGGAUUUGGUGUCAAUUUUCAGUCAAUGAUUGGAAAAUCAGACACACUGAAGUUGUGCUCAGAAACGGCUGUGUAAUUGUAGUCUGACACUCAGCCCCACUAUUCACUUAGAAUU